AUGGAGUUGGCCGUGUUCAAGAAACUGGUUGCAAUUUUCGGAAUUCACCCCACAAUUGGUCGUACUAUUCAAAGACAAGUUGCGCAUUUCGAGGCUCAAGACAUCUACGAUGAAGAGCUCACGGACAUGAAGAUUGUCAAAGCAUAUACUCUACGCAUGGCCGCAACUGUGGAGGGUGACCUAGCUCUAUCAGCAACGCAUUUCACGCGCGGCCCGUUUAACGCCGGUGUGGUCUUUGGGUGCGACGAGGAGCAAAAACUGCACUACAUCAAGCGGAUGGGCAAGAGCGCGGGAUCCUCCGUACAUCCAAUGUUUCUUCCUGGAAUUUUCAUUGAGGAGGACCGGGCCCGGCUCUGCAAGGCCAUUGACAAAAUCCUAGACGUCUUUACUCUCCAGGCCGUACACACAACCUCCAAAGAUGGCCUUCUUACGAACAUGGACAAUUCGAAAAUGCUGUCGUUCCUCCAGGUCUCGUUUCAAAGCCAGGACUUGAGCAAUACGCUGAAGUCCUCACGGCGACAGAUAGUGAAGAUGAUUGCUGAAACGGGUAGAACGGCGGAUCGAGCUCCCCGUCGAAGCCGUUGUGAUACCUGCAGGCUGGAUAUCACUGCUGUCGACAAAGACCAGAAGUUGACGGGGGAGUUAAUUAAGUAUCGUCUGCGCGAAAUAUUAGUGUUUACCUGGUACUGGUGGACUCAUAGGCCAUUGAUCCGCCGGCGGAUGCGUGCUGAGCAGGACCUUGAAUUUUCCAUGAACUCCAAGAAGAAACUGGGAAAAUCCGCCAUAACCGUCAAGUACCCGGAGCUCCGUGGCCAAAUUCUGAUGAUACCCUGCGUCGUUAACAUGUACUGCUACGAGCCGCAGCUGAAAAAGCUGAAGCACCCAUCUACCUCCUCCUACGAGGAAUGUAAGAAUGCGCCGGUCUUGUCAUUGGAGACAUGCAAGAUUUUCACAGACCUUUUGAAGAUUGAGGACCCCCAAGUCGACGACUUGAAACUCAACCCCGGGAAUGCCAGCCUGGGGGAUGUCAAGGGCCUCCCACCAACUGUGUUUGGUGUGACUGGUCUGGAUCCAUUGAGAGAUGAAGGGCUUCUUUAUGCCAAGUUGCUGACGGACGCUGGAGUUCCUACGGACAUUAACGUCUUCAAAGGACUGCCUCACGCAUUUCGUCGAUAUGGCUCAAAGCUAUCUGCCUCGACUAGAUGGGAUAAGGUCAUUGAGGAAGGCAUCAAGUGGGCUCUUUCUAACCCCUCGCCGUCGUACGAAUUUGAAGUCAAGGAAGAGUAA